AUGGGAAGAGAUGAGAGGAGGGGUGAGACAAGAGAUGGGAAGAGACGAGAGGAGGGGGGUGAGACAAGAGAUGGGAAGAGACGAGAGGAGGUGGUGAGACAAGAGAUGGGAAGAGACGAGAGGAGGGGGUGAGACAAGAGAUGGGAAGAGAUGAGAGGAGGGGGUGAGACUAGAGAUGGGAUGAGACGAGAGGAGGGGGUGAGACAAGAGAUGGGAUGAGACGAGAGGAAGGGGUGAGACAAGAGAUGGGAAGAGACGAGGGGGUGAGACAAGAGAUGGGAAGAGAUGAGAGGAGGGGGUGAGACAAGAGAUGGGAAGAGAUGAGAGGAGGGGGUGAGACAAGAGAUGGGAUGAGACGAGACGAGGGGGUGAGACAAGAGAUGGGAAGAGAUGAGAGGAGGGGGUGAGACAAGAGAUGGGAAGAGACGAGAGGAGAGGAGGGGGUGACAGUAGAUGCUGACGGACUGAUUUUUACUUCUGUCAGAUGGAUUAUUUCAACAGCGACUCACUAGAUAAGACUCAGGUAAGACUCAGGUAAGACUCAGGUAAGUAUUUGGCAGUAGAUUUCAGAAGUCAUUAGCCUGACAAUGUUCCACUUAGCAGCAGCACAAAUAAGCCGGGUGGGUCGCCUGUCUGUGGAAAGGCAAAGUAUGGGAUUUAGCGAAAUAAUUACUUAGCUGGCUCCUUAGACGGGGGAAAUCCUACUCUUAUUAAGCAGAUAAAUGUAAUAAAAUGUCCCAUGUUCAAUAUUCAAUCAAAAAACAAAAGCUUCAAAGGUCAUCCCUUUUUAGAGUAAUUGAUCCCAUUUUCUGUGAUCUGGGUGUGGUGUGUGGUGGGUUGGUGCUGUAUGGGGAGGCUGGGUGGGUAGAGAACGGAUGGGUAGAGGCUGGGUGGGUAGAGGCUGGGUGGGUAGAGGCUGGAUGGGUAGAGGCUGGAUGGGUAGAGGCUGGGUGGGUAGAGGCUGGAUGGGUAGAGGCUGGGUGGGUAGAGGCUGGGUGGGUAGAGGCUGGGUGGGUAGAGGCUGGAUGGGUAGAGGAUGGAUGGGUAGAGGCUGGGUGGGUAGAGGCUGGAUGGGUAGAGGCUGGGUGGGUAGAGGCUGGAUGAGUAGAGGCUGGAUGGGUAGAGGCUGGAUGGGUAGAGGCUGGAUGGGUAGAGGCUGGAUGGGUAGAGAAUGGAUGGGUAGAGGCUGUGUGGGUAAAGGCUGGGUGGGUAGAGGCUGGAUGGGUAGAGGCUGGAUGGGUAGAGGCUGGAUGGGUAGAGAAUGGAUGGGUAGAGGCUGUGUGGGUAAAGGCUGGGUGGGUAGAGGCUGGAUGGGUAGAUGCUGACUGAGGAACUGAGGUUUCACUGCAUCAGACUGCAGCAAUAGGAAAAGGCUCUGGUGUGAGAUCAAAGGUGCAGGUGCAAUGGCUCAUCCAGACUUUACCCACCCAGCCUCCCCAUAUAUAGCCCCACUAACUGUCUCUCACAAUCAGAAGGUUCCAGUGUAGCUAGGACCGUAUCAUUAUAGAACUAGAGACAAUAAAAGGAUGCUAUAUCUCUGUGAUAUAGUACCUCUGUCUUUGUUAACCUGUAAUGGGUUGAAGAGGUGCAGUGCUGGUGCACUACAAUGCUCUGCAGGCAGCUGUCUUUGGCCUGUGUUGAAAUGACCCCCACCUUCACACUGCAGUCUGCUAGGGAGGCUUAGGUGAAAGUAGUAUCCCCCCCAUCUGAUCCCAUUUGAUAAAGGCCUUUAGAUCCUCAGACAGACACAAAUCCCUCUAGUGAGCUCCGUCAUCUAUACCUGUACAGCCGGUGGUGGCUUCUGCUGGCUACUGGGGCAGACAUGAUCUGCAGAACUAAAAUGUAAAAUCAACAUAACAGCAGUGGCCUACUGUCAGAGUCUUAUUAAAACAAUGUUGUCCAGUUAUACUAAGUAAUCCGUUUAACAUCCUGUGUGGUUUUUAGAUGAUGUAAAUUAAAGCAACCUUUAAUUCAUACAUAUUGUGUACAGUGAGAAAAGAGAGGAUUAGCUGCAACAGAAAGCUCAGAACAUUAAAUACAUAUUACAGUAAAUGGAGGGUUUGACAGCUGUGAGGAGAGAGAGAGAGAGAGAGAGAGAAGAGAGAGAGAGGAGAGAAGAUAGCGAAGAGAGAGAGAGAGAAUAGAGGAGAGAGCGAGAGAGAGAGAGAGAAGAGAGAGAGAGAGAGAGAGAGAGAGAGACAAGGACUGAUAACCCCAAUCCACAAAAGUGGAGACAGAUUUGACCCCAAUAACUACCGUGGGAUAUGCGUCAACAGCAACCUUGGGAAAAUCCUCUGCAUUAUAAUAAUAAUAAUAAUAUGCCAUUUGGCAGACGCUUUUAUCCAAAGCGACUUACAGUCAUGAGUGCAUACAUUAUUUUUUAUUUUAAUUUUAAUUUUUUGUGUAUGGGUGGUCCCGGGGAUCGAACCCACUACCCUGGCGUUACAAGCGCCGUGCUCUACAGACUUGUACAUUUCCUCAGCGAAAACAAUGUACUGAGCAAAUGUCAAAUUGGCUUUUUACCAAAUUACCGUACGACAGAUCACGUAUUCACCCUGCACACCCUAAUUGACAAACAAACAAACCAAAACAAAGGCAAAGUCUUCUCCUGCUUUGUUGACUUCAAAAAAGCUUUUGACUCAAUUUGGCAUGAGGGUCUGCUAUACAAAUUGAUGGAAAGUGGUGUUGGGGGAAAAACAUACGACAUUAUAAAAUCCAUGUACACAAACAACAAGUGUGCGGUUAAAAACACACACAUUUCUUUCCACAGGGCCGUGGGGUGAAACAGGGAUGCAGCUUAAGCCCCACCCUCUUCAACAUAUAUAUUAACGACUUGACGAGUUCACUAGAACAGUCUGCAGCACCCGGCCUCACCCUACUAGAAUCUGAAGUCAAAUGUCUCCUGUUUGCUGAUGAUCUGGUGCUUCUGUCACCAACCAAGGAGCAGCAGCACCUAGAUCCUCUGCACAGAUUCUGUCAGACCUGGGUCCUGACAGUAAAUCUCAGUAAGACAAAAAUAAUGGUGUUCCAAAAAAGGUCAAGUUGCCAGGACCACAAAUACAAAUUCCAUCUAGACACCGUUGCCCUAGAGCACACAAAAAACGAUACAUACCUCGGCCUAAACAUCAGCGCCACAGGUAACUUCCACAAAGCUGUGAACGAUCUGAGAGACAAGGCAAGAAGGGCCUUCUAUGCCAUCAAAAGGAACAUAAAAUUUGACAUACCAAUUAGAAUCUGGCUAAAAAUACUUGAAUCAGUUAUAGAACCCAUUGCCCUUUAUGUUUGUGAGGUCUGGGGUCCGCUCACCAACCAAGAAUUCACAAAAUGGGACAAACACCAAAUUGAGACUCUGCAUUAAGAAUUCCUGACCACUGUGACUGACCCAAACUUAAGGAAAGCUUUGAUUAUGUACAAACUCAGUGAGCAUAGCCUUGCUAUUGAGAAAGGCAGACCUGGCUCUCAAGAGAAGACCGGCUAUGUGCACACUGCCCACAAAAUGAGGUGGAAACUGAGCUGUAUGACCAUAUUAGAGACACAUAUUGCCCUCAGAUUUCACAGACCCACAAAGAAUUUGAAAACAAAUCCAAUUUUGAUAAACUUCCAUAUCUAUUGGGUGAAAUACCACAGUGUGCCAUCACAGAAGCAAGAUUUCUGACCUGUUGCCACAAGAAAAGGGCAACCAGUGAAGAACAGACACAACCAUUGUUUAUGUUGAUUUAUUUUCCCUUUUGUACUUUAACUAUUUGCCCAUCGUUACAACACUGUAAAUAGACAUAAUAUGACAUUUGAAAUGUCUUUAUUCUUUUUGAACUUGUUUGAGUGUAAUAUUUACUGUUCACUUUUUAUUAUUUAUUUCACUUUUUUUUUUAUUAUUUAUUAACGUAUGUUUCCCAUGCCAAUAAAGCCCUUAAAUUGAAUGAGAGAGCGAGAGCGAGCGAGCGAGCGAGCGAGCGAGCGAGAGAGAGAGAGAGAGAGAGAGAGAGGAGUGUAUUCCCUCAAGGAUCAGGGUGAUAAUACUUUGGGGCUGUAGUCUUAUCUAAAAUAACCACUUUGGCGUGAGAGCAUAGAAGAGGUGCUAUAUACAGUACUAUACCACUCCCUUCAUGGCUCAGUACUAUACCACUCCCCUUCAGGGUCAGUACUAUACCACUCCCUUCAGGGCUCAGUACUAUACCACUCCCUUCAGGGCUCAGUACUAUACCACUCACCUUCAGGGUCAGUACUAUACCACUCCCUUCAGGGCUCAGUACUAUACCACUCCCUUCAGGGCUCAGUACUAUACCACUCCCCUUCAGGGUCAGUACUAUACCACUCCCUUCAGGGCUCAGUACUAUACCACUCCCUUCAGGGCUCAGUACUAUACCACUCCCUUCAGGGCUCAGUACUACACCACUCCCUUCAGGGCUCAGUACUAUACCACUCCCUUCAGGGCUCAGUACUGUACCACUCCCUUCAGGGCUCAAUACUAUACCACUCCCUUCAGGGCUCAGUACUGUACCACUCCCUUCAGGGCUCAGUACUAUACCACUCCCUUCAGGGCUCAGUACUAUACCACUCCCUUCAGGGCUCAGUACUACACCACUCCCUUCAGGGCUCAGUACUAUACCACUCCUUCAGGGCUCAAUACUAUACCACCUCCCUUCAGGGCUCAAUACUAUACCACUCCCUUCAGGGCUCAGUACUUGUUACCACUCCCUUCAGGGCUCAGUACUGUACCACUCCCUCAUGGCUCAGUACUAUACCACUCCCUUCAGGGCUCAGUACUAUACCACUCCCUUCAGGGCUCAGUACUAUACCACUCCCUUCAGGGCUCAGUACUAUACCACUCCCUUCAGGGCUCAGUACUAUACCACUCCCUUCAGGGCUCAGUACUAUACCACUCCCUUCAGGGCUCAGUACUGUACCACUCCCUUCAGGGCUCAGUACUACACCACUCCCUUCAGGGCUCAGUACUGUACCACUCCCUUCAGGGCUCAGUACUACACCACUCCCUUCAGGGCUCAGUACUACACCACUCCCUUCAGGGCUCAGUACUGUACACUCCUUCAGGGCUCAGUACUAACCACUCCCUUCAGGGCUCAGUACUAUACCACUCCCUUCAGGGCUCAGUACUAUACCACUCCCUUCAGGGCUCAGUACUAUACCACUCCCUUCAGGGCUCAGUACUAUACCACUCCCUUCAGGGCUCAGUACUAUACCACUCCCUUCAGGGCUCAGUACUUACCACUCCCUUCAGGGCUCAGUACUACCACUCCCUUCAGGGCUCAGUACUGUACCACUCCCUUCAGGCUCAGUACUAACCACUCCCUUCAGGGCUCAGUACUAACCACUCCCUUCAGGGCUCAGUACUAUACACCUCCCUUCAGGCUCAGUACUAUACCACUCCCUUCAGGGCUCAGUACUGUACCACUCCCUUCAGGGCUCAGUACUAUACACACUCCCUUCAGGGCUCAGUACUAUCCCACUCCCUUCAGGGCUCAGUACUGUACCACUCCUUCAGGGCUCAGUACUAUACACUCCUCAGGGCUCAGUACUACACCACUCCCUUCAGGGCUCAGUACUAACACCACUCCCUUUCAGGGCUCAGUACUAUACCACUCCCUUCAGGGCUCAGUACUAUACCACUCACCUUCAGGGCUCAGUACUAUACCACUCACCUUCAGGGCUCAGUACUAUACCACUCCCUUCAGGGCUCAGUACUACACCACUCCCUUCAGGGCUCAGUACUACACCACUCCCUUCAGGGUCAGUACGUGUACCACUCCCUUCAGGGGCUCAGUACUAUACCACUCCCCUUCAGGGCUCAGUACUAUACCACUCACCUUCAGGGUCAGUACUAUACCACUCCCUUCAGGGCUCAGUACUAUACCACUCCCUUCAGGGCUCAGUACUAUACCACUCCCCUUCAGGGUCAGUACUAUACCACUCCCUUCAGGGCUCAGUACUGUACCACUCCCUUCAUGGCUCAGUACUAUACCACCACUCCCUUCAGGGCUCAGUACUAUACCACUCCCUUCAGGGCUCAUACUAUACCACUCCCUUCAGGGCUCAGUACUAUACCACUCCCUUCAGGGCUCAGUACUAUACCACUCCCUUCAGGCUCAGUACUAUACCACUCCCUUCAGGGCUCAGUACUGUACCACUCCCUUCAGGGCUCAGUACUACAACCACUCCCUUCAGGGCUCAGUACUGUACCACUGCCCUUCAGGGCUCAGUACUACACCACUCCCUUCAGGGGCUCAGUAACUACACCACUCCCUUCAGGGCUCAGUACUACACCACUCCCUUCAGAGCUCAGUACUAAUACCACUCCCUUCAGGGCCAGUACUAUAACCACUCCCUUCAGGGCUCAGUACUAUACCACUCCCUUCAGGGCUCAGUACUAUACCAGGCUCAGUACUGUACACUCCCUUCAGGGCUCAGUAACUAUACCACUCCCUUCAGGCUCAGUACUACACCACUCCCUUCAGGGCUCAGUACUAUACCACUCCCUUAGGGCUCAGUACUACACCACUCCCUUCAGGGCUCAGUACUACACCACUCCCUUCAGGGCUCAGUACUGUACCACUCCCUUCAGGGCUCAGUACUAUACCACUCCCUUCAGGGCUCAGUACUAACCACUCCCUUCAGGGCUCAGUACUAUACCACUCCCUUCAGGGCUCAGUACUAUACACUCCCUUCAGGGCUCAGUACUAUACCACUCCCUUCAGGGCUCAGUACUAUACCACUCCCUUCAGGGCUCAGUACUAACCACUCCCUUCAGGGCUCAGUACUAUACCACUCCCUUCAGGGCUCAGUACUUACCACUCCCUUCAGGGCUCAUACUAUACCACUCCCUUCAGGGCUCAGUACUAUACCACUCCCUUCAGGGCUCAGUACUGUACCACUCCUUCAGGGCUCAGUACUAUACCACUCCCUUCAGGGCUCAGUACUUACCACUCCCUUCAGGGCUCAGUACUAUACCACUCCCUUCAGGCUCAGUACUAUACCACUCCCUUCAGGGCUCAGUACUAACCACUCCCUUCAGGGCUCAGUACUAUACACUCCCUUCAGGCUCAGUACUAUACCACUCCCUUCAGGGCUCAGUACUAUACCACUCCCUUCAGGCUCAGUACUAUACCACUCCCUUCAGGGCUCAGUACUAUACCACUCCCUUCAGGGCUCAGUACUAUACCACUCCUUCAGGGCUCAGUACUACACCACUCCCUUCAGGCUCAGUACUAUACCACUCCCUUCAGGGCUCAGUACUAUACCACUCCCUUCAGGCUCAGUACUAUACCACUCCCUUCAGGGCUCAGUACUUACCACUCCCUUCAGGGCUCAGUACUUACCACACUCCCUUCAGGGCUCAGUACUAUACCACUCCCUUCAGGGCUCAGUUACACCUGAUACACCACUCCCUUCAGGGCUCAGUACUAUACCACUCCCUUCAGGGCUCAGUACUUACCACUCCCUUCAGGCUCAGUACUAUACCACUCCCUUCAGGGCUCGAGUACUGUACCACUCCCUUCAGGGCUCAGUACUAUACCACUCCCUUCAGGCUCAGUACUUACCACUCCUUCAGGGCUCAGUACUAACCACUCCCUUCAGGGCUCAGUACUAUACACACUCCCUUCAGGGCUCAGUACUAUACCACUCCCUUCAGGGCUCAGUACUAUACCACUCCCUUCAGGGCUCAGUACUAUACCACUCCCUUCAGGGCUCAGUACUAUACCACUCCCUUCAGGGCUCAGUACUAUCACACCACUCCCUUCAGGGCUCAGUACUAUACCACUCCCUUCAGGGCUCAGUACUAUCCACUCCCUUCAGGCUCAGUACUAUACCACUCCCUUCAGGGCUCAGUACUAUACCACUCCCUUCAGGGCUCAGUACUAUAACCACUCCCUUCAGGGCUCAGUACUAUACCACUCCCUUCAGGGCUCAGUACUAUACCACUCCCUUCAGGGCUCAGUACUAACCACUCCCUUCAGGGCUCAGUACUUACCACUCCCUUCAGGGCUCAGUACUAUACCACUCCCUUCAGGGCUCAGUACUAUACCACUCCCUUCAGGGCUCAGUACUAACCACUCCCUUCAGGGCUCAGUACUAUACCACUCCCUUCAGGGUCAGUACUAUACCACUCCCUUCAGGGCUCAGUACUAUACCACUCCCUUCAGGGCUCAGUACUAUACCACUCCCUUCAGGGCUCAGUACUAUACCACUCCCUUCAGGGCUCAGUACUAUACCACUCCCUUCAGGGCUCAGUACUAUACCACUCCCUUCAGGGCUCAGUACUAUACCACUCCCUUCAGGGCUCAGUACUAUAACCACUCCCUUCAGGGCUCAGUACUAUACCACUCCCUUCAGGGCUCAGUACUAUACCACUCCCUUCAGGGCUCAGUACUAUACCACUCCCUUCAGGGCUCAGUACUAUACCACUCCCUUCAGGGCUCAGUACUAUACCACUCCCUUCAGGGCUCAGUACUAUACCACUCCCUUCAGGCUCAGUACUAUACCACUCCCUUCAUGGCCUCAGUACUAUACCACUCCCUUCCAGGGGCUCAGUUCUAUUCACCACUCCCUUCAGGGCUCAGUACUAGUACCACCUCCCUUCACGCACCCCUCAGUACUAUACCACUCCCUUUCAGGGCCUCAGUACUAUUAACACUCCCUUCAGGGCUCAGUACUAUACCACUCCCUUCAGGGCCUCAGUACUACUACCACCUCCCUUCAGGGCUUCUCAAUGUACUAUACCACUCCCUUCAGGGCUCAAUACUUAUGACCCACCUCCCUUCAGGGCUCAGUACUACACCACUCCCUUCAUGGGCUCAGUCCCAUAUACCACUCCCUUCAGGGAUCAGUACGGUUACCACUCCCUUCAGGGCUCAGUACUACCACCAACUCCCGUCAGGGCUCAGUACUAUACCACUCCCUUCAGGGCUCGAGUACUAUACCACUCCCUUCAGGGGCUACAGUUACUAUACCAACUCCCUUCACGGGCUCAGUACUAUACCACUCCAUGCAGGGCCUCAGUACUAUACCACUCCCUUCAGGGCUCAGUCACUAUACCCACUACCUUCAGGGCUCAAUUUACUAUACCACUUCCCUUUCAGGGCUCAGUACUAUUACCACUUCCCUUUCAGGGCUCAGUACUGUCCAUCAUUCCCUAUACACACUCCCUUCAGGGCCUCAGUACUAUUACCACUCACCUUCAGGGCUCAGUACUGUACCACUCCCUUCAGGGUCAGUACUUACCACUCCCUUCAGGGCUCAGUACAUACCACUCCCUCAGGGCUCAGUACUAUACCACUCCCUUCAGGGCUCAGUACUAUACCACUCCCUUCAGGGCUCAGUACUAUACCACUCCCUUCAGGGCUCAGUACUGUACCACUCCCUUCAGGGCUCAGUACUAUACCACUCCCUUCAGGGCUCAGUACUAUACCACUCCCUUCAGGGCUCAGUACUAUACCCACUCCCUCAGGGCUCAGUACUAUACCACUCCCUUCAGGGUCAGUACUGAUACCACUCCCUUCAGGGCUCAGUACUAUACCACUCCUUCAGGGCUCAGUACUAUACCACUCCCUUCAGGGUCAGUACUAUACCCACUCCCCCCUUUCAGGGCUCAGUUACUAUACCACUCCCUUCAGGGCUCUAGUACUAUACCACUCCCUUCAGGGCUCAGUACUAUACCACUUCCCUUUCAGGGCUCAGUAUUGUCCAUUCAUUCCCUUCAGGGCUCAGUACUAUACCACUCCCUUCAGGGCUCAGUACUAUACCACUCCCUUCAGGGCUCAGUAUUGUCCAUUCAUUCCCUUCAGGGCUCAGUACUAUACCACUCCCUUCAGGGCUCAGUACUAUACCACUCCCUUCAGGGCUCAGUAUUGUCCAUUAAUUCCCUUCAGGGCUCAGUACUAUACCACUCCCUUCAGGGCUCAGUAUUGUCCAUUAAUUCCCUUCAGGGCAUGUGACAGUAUGUGAUUCUAUACGAGGAGCCACUAGCCUCAUGAAUUGCACCAUGGCAACCGAGUAUGCAUUGCACCAUGGCUAGGGACAAGACAGAGAGGCAUUGCAACAUGGCUAACCAGCAUGCAUUGCACUAUGGCUAGGGACAAAACACAGAGGAUUUAAUUCAUGAAAUAUAUGCCACUAAGCAGAUGCUUUUAUCUAAAGUAGUCUAUGUAUGAUGUAUGUGUGUUUCAGUGGAGGCUGCAGAGUCGAGGACAGCUCAUAAUAAUGGCUGGAACACAUGGAAACCAUGGAAACCAUGUGUUUGAUGAAUUUGAUACCAUUCCACUGAUUCCGCUCCAGUCAUUACCACGAGCCCGUCCUCCCCAAUUAAGGUGUCACCGACCUCCUGUGGUGUUUGUGAUUCCUGGAGGAAUUGAACCCACAACCUUGUCAUUGCUAGCACCACACCAGUCGAGCAACACAGGAUAUUGGUCCUCUGUAGCUCAGCUGGUAGAGCACGGCGCUUGUAACGCCAAGGUAGUGGGUUCGAUCCCCGGGACCACCCAUACACCAAAAAAAAAUGUAUGCACGCAUGACUGUAAGUCGCUUUGGAUAAAAGCGUCUGCUAAAUGGCAUAUUAUUAUUAUUAUAUUCAUUUGACUACUGUUUAGAUGGUAAUGACUCUAUGGCGUACCCAGAAAGCGAAAGGUCCUGCGCACCAGUGGGUUGAGGUAGCAGCAGUCACCGGUCAGCAUGGUCUUAUCAUCACUGUCCAGCUCUUUAGACGAGCACUGUAUCAAAAACAGGACGACCUCUGAGAUUAGCAUCUAGAAAAGAAAAGGUAGAAUCAUUAACAAAUAAGCAUCCUUUCUUAAAGAAAAAUCCCACCCCAAAAACAUUCUGCCCAAAAUCUGAUAUUUAUGACUCCACACUUUCUUUUGGUAUGCGUUUCAUUAGUCCAUUGUUGACAUAGUCCCAAAAUAUUUUACUUGUCAGCAAUCAAGUUUUCAAGAUAUGUAACUUUCAAAAUACAGAAAUCAUCCCCCUGUAUGAUGCAUUUAGCUUCUUAUGAUGCUGUGUUUUGAGUUUACAUUUAACUGUGGAGUCGUAAAUAUCAGAUGACACACACACACACACACACACACACACACACACACACACACACAUCUCUUCUAACACACUGUAACACACAUCCACAAGUCUCGUCUUGUUACUGUGAGAUGAGAAACACACAGGUGUGUGUGAGUGUGAGUGUGAGUGUGUGUGUGUGUGUGUGUGUGUGAGUGUGUGUGAAUGUGAGUGUAUGUGGAGUGUGUGUGUGUGAGUGUGUUUGUGUGAGUUUUUUGUGUGUGUGUGAGAGAGUGUGUGUGUGUGUGAGUGAGUGUGAGUGUGUGUGUGUUGUGUGCGGAGAGUGGUUGUCGGUGGUGUGUGAGGUGUGCGGUGGUGUGUUGAGAGUGGCUGUGGUGUAAGUCGGGUUUGUGUGGGGUGUGGAUGUGUGUGUGUGUUAGAGUGUGGGUGAUGUGUGUGUGUGAGUGUGAGUGUGCUGUGAGUUUUGGUGUGUUGUGGCGUACUGUAGUGAUGGAGUAUGUGUUUUGUGUGUGUGUGUGUGUGUGUGUGUCGUUGUUGGUUGUGUGGUGUGUGUGUGUGUGUGGUGUUAGCAGGCGAGCAGCAGGUGAAUGCUUAUUUAAAACCAGAGCUUGACAGUUCAAUAAACAUAAUUAAAACCCUGAACAGUGGGUGUUGUCAGUUUUUAUAUACACAAUGUUGUUUAUUCAACACUGCAAUGAUGUAGAGUGGCUGUAAUAAUAUGAUUCCAAUAACAAAUAAUAGUCUAUAUGGAUUAACUGGUGGAAUUUAAAGUAUAGCUUCAAGGAUAGAGAAUAAUGAUUGUCGAUGCCUGGUUCUUCACUUCAGAUGGGUUUGGAACAUCAAUGCGUAACAAAGGGUAAAUAAAGGUUGGGUUUUGAUUUGACGAUGUCCAUUUGCCCACUAACAUGGGGUGAACAGCUGCGGUGAUUGCUCUCUAAUCCAAUAGCAUAGACAGUGAGACAGACCUGCCCAACACAUAACAAAAACAAAUAUUGAGAAACACCUCACCAAACACCUUAGUUAGAUGCAACAUUGCUCAACUAAAACCUCGACAGCAAAAACAUCAAAAUUAAUUACAGAUUUCUUGAGUUUUAUUAGAUUAAUUCUGGGGAUUUUGAGGAAGUGAAAUAGUCUUCCGUGUCUACAGUGUCUCAUGGGGGACAAACAUAAUUAAUAACCAAAUGCAGAAUCGGUCAGGAAACACACAUCCAAGACUGAAAUCUUGUUUUUCUAAUGAGCAACAGAAAAACACACUGCCAAUUGACAUGUUCAUUGGCUCUUUACAUUUACAUUACAUUUCAGUCAUUUAGCUCUUUAACAUUACAGAGGUGUACAACUGUAUAAUUAGAAUCACUUUUACAGUUGCCAUUGGUGACAGACAGUGAGGAUAGAGAAAGAGACAGAGAGAGAAAGAUGAGCUCCUGUAUUGUUCAGCCAUGUUUUUACAAAAAAAAUUGAUUUAGAGUUAGAUAAACUUAGAUUUUUCGGCAUGGACAUACACAGGAUACUAGCCUCCACAACAUAACCUUCACUCCAAAUCAAAACUCCAAACCUACAACCUGAUUUUGGACAAAAUUACCUGGAAGGAUUCCUACUACCAGAGAUCCAAUCUAUACAGCAAAUGCUCUGCCAAACAAACAACAGAAACCUGAGAACAUCAUCCAACCUGGAACUGAGUGAGUAAUGUUUAGUCUGAAGCUACUUUUACAACCAAGAAGAAAAAUACACUACAAUUAUAUAUUUUACUUUAUAUUGACUGAAGGCUAUGUUAAGGCUACCAAGCUUGCUAUAGGACAGUAUACAGUAUCUCACAAAAGUGAGUACACCCCUCACAUUUUUGUAAAUAUUUGAGUAUAUAUUUUCAUGUGACAACACUGAAGAAAUGACACUUUGCUACAAUGUAAAGUAGUGAGUGUACAGCUUCUAUAACAGUGUACAUUUGCUGUCCCCUCAAAAUAAGACAACACACAGCCAUUUAUGUCUAAACCGCUGGCAACAAAAGUGAGUACACCACUAAGUGAAAAUGUCCAAAUUGGGCCCAAAGUGUCAAUAUUUUGUGUGGCUACCAUCAUUUUCCAGCACUGCCUUAACCCUCUUGGGAAUGGAGUUCACCAGAGCUUCAUAGGUUGCCACUGGAGUCCUCUUCCACUCCUCCAUGACGACAUCACGGAGCUGGUGGAUGUUAGAGACCUUGCACUCCUCCACCUUCCAUUUGAGGAUGCCCCACAGAUGCUCAAUAGGGUUUAGGUCUGGAGACACGCUUGGCCAGUCCAUCACCUUUACCCUCAGCUUCUUUAGCAAGGCAGUGGUCGUCUUGGAGGUGUGUUUGGGGUCGUUAUCAUGUUGGAAUACUGCCCUGCGGCCCAGUCUCCGAAGGGAGGGGAUCAUGCUCUGCUUCAGUAUGUCACAGUACAUGUUGGCAUUCAUGGUUCCCUCAAUGAACUGUAGCUCCCCAGUGCCGGCAGCACUCAUGCAGCCCCAGACCAUGACACUCCCACCACCAUGCUUGACUGUAGGCAAGACACACUUGUCUUUGUACUCCUCACCUGGUUGCCGCCACACACGCUUGACACCAUCUGAACCAAAUAAGUUUAUCUUGGUCUCAUCAGACCACAGGACAUGGUUCCAGUAAUGCAUGUCCUUAGUCUGCUUGUCUUCAGCAAACUGUUUGCGGGCUUUCUUGUGCAUCAUCUUUAGAAGAGGCUUCCUUCUGGGACGACAGCCAUGCAGACCAAUUUGAUGCAGUGUGCGGCGUAUGGUCUGAGCACUGACAGGCUGACCCCCCCACCCCUUCAACCUCUGCAGCAAUGCUGGCAGCACUCAUACGUCUAUUUCCCAAAGACAACCUCUGGAUAUGAGGCUGAGCACGUGCACUCAACUUCUUUGGUCGACCAUGGCGAGGCCUGUUCUGAGUGGAACCUGUCCUGUUAAACCGCUGUAUGGUCUUGGCCACCAUGCUGCAGCUCAGUUUCAGGGUCUUGGCAAUCUUCUUAUAGCCCAGGCCAUCUUUAUGUAGAGCAACAAUUCUUUUUUUCAGAUCCUCAGAGAGUUCUUUGCCAUGAGGUGCCAUGUUGAACUUCCAGUGACCAGUAUGAGGGAGUGUGAGAGCGAUGACACCAAAUUUAACACACCUGCUACCCAUUCACACCUGAGACCUUGUAACACUAACGAGUCACAUGACACCGGGGAGGGAAAAUGUCUAAUUGGGCCCAAUUUGGACAUUUUCACUUAGGGGUGUACUCACUUUUGUUGCCAGCAGUUUAGACAUUAAUGGGGCAGCAAAUGUACACUGUUAUACAAGCUGUACACUCACUACUUUACAUUGUAGCAAAGUGUCAUUUCUUCAGUGUUGUCACAUGAAAAGAUAUACUCAAAUAUUUACAAAAAUGUGAGGGCUGUACUCACUUGUGUGAGAUGCUGUAUCUGACUGCAACUUCAAUUAGCACUGAGGUGUGAAGCGAGAGGUGUCGAAGCCCUUGAGCCCAACGAUGGCAGGAGAGUUCCACAGUCUACCCCACCCAAAUGCAGAGGCCUUUGAAGCUCCCUCCCGCUGCUCAGAGGUUAUUAGCAUACAGCACCCUCUUCAUGUAAAAAAUUAUAAGGCACGAAAAGAGUACAGAAAUAACCUCCUUAUGGAAAAUCCAGAAACACUUUUUCUGACUAUUAUAAAAAUGGGAACAUAAGCAACUUAAUCUUCCACACAGACCAUCCCUUGGCAUGGCGCAGCGCUAUAUUAACACACUAGCCCUCUGUUAAGAGGGGGGAGGGGGGGUGUUAGCGAUGGGUGGAAACUCAGGAUUCUAGACAACGAGGACUCUGAGUCAGCCAAUAUACAUCUCUACAAGUCUGGAACAGUAUUGGUACAGGGCAACCCCAAACAGUUUCAGCUGGACUUUCACCUAAUCAAAGAAAUAGCUCAGCAGGAGAAGCUCUCUCUUAAGAAAGAUACCCCCACCCCGAGCGGGUCAGACCAGACCUCUUCAUUAUACAACCCCACAGACGAGCAACCCCAAGCGGAAAGUCAACCUCCCAGCACAGAGCACUACUCCCUCAUUGAAAUGAAGGAUAAAUUCACCCAGCUGGAGGUAAGGCAGGUGGAGCUGGAACAGCAGGUGAACACACUCCAGUCAGCACAGACCCAGACAACAGUCCAGCACAACAACAACCCCUUAACUAGACCUGGAGAGCUGGAGGUAGAGAGAGACAUGUCUGCACUCUGGACUGUGGUGAGACAACAUCAACAGGAGAAAGAGCAGGAGCAGGAGAAGAACAGAGCACUAGAGGAGAGGAUCAGAGUGCUGGAGGAGAAGGUGAGAACGAUGACGGGUGACAGAGAACAACCCAUUAGAGAGCUGGCCACCCCCGCAGAGAAGCCAGCAGAACAACCCACCUCAGAUCCUGACCAAAGUCUCGACACCACAGCAGAAAAAUCCACCCUAGACCCUGACAAUAGCCUCGACAUCACUACCAGACAAACAAACGAAGAACCCCAAGCCCAUUGGGAUCACACCCCCUCUGAGCACCCCCUCUGUCAGCCACCCUGAUAGCCCUCCUGACAACACCCCCACACCCACUGAGGACAUACACAAGCCACAGAUUGUACUCUUUAUGGACUCAAACGGGAAAUACAUACACGAAAAUAAAGAAAUUCUGGUGUCCAAACACCCAGCGCGCCCUAGACCUUCUGUCUGAGGACCAACUAGGAUCACCCGGCCACAUAAUAAUACACACAGGCACAAACAACCUGAGAACACAGCACUCAAGGGAGUGAUUGAAAAAGAUUCUUCCACUUUCCCCAACGCACAAUUGGUUAUCUCCACCCUGCUACCACGAAAAGACUUCCACCCUGCUACCAUACAGCGGGUAAACGCAAGUAUUACCUGGCCCACCACUCCACCCUGGACUUGAACAGCAUUUACGACCAGGUCCACAUAUACAAGGCAGCAGUGCCCACCUUCGCCUGGACCCUAAAGGACAUCACCCUCAACCGCAGCCCCAAAACCUCACACAGGAGCAACAGAUUAACAGACACCCCACCCAGACGAGCGAGACACUCUCCCAGACCUGCGGGGACCCCCCAGACCUACACAUAGAGGAACCACACCGAGAAGACCUACAUCCAGACCACAGCACCACCAGCCACAUCCACAUACCCCACCCCACCCCAAACAAUACCCCCCCCCAAGUCAACCAUGCCCACACCCCAUUUAGGCCCCCUCAGAUCAGACCUAUGCCCCUCCUACCCACCCCAUGCCCCCCACUCCCACAAAGAAGGCCUCAACAUGAAAGUCACAUUUACACCCAGGCCAUGAGCAGGCAAACAGGCCCAACCCCCACUCUUACACUAGCCCAAGCCAAUGGCAUGUACCAGAUGCUCAGCAGGCUCUGCUCACACUUACUGGUCUGAGGCCAAACCACACGACUAACAACAUCGGACACUUUAUGGAACACAAAGCCUUCACUAUUUCAUCCUGGAAUAUCCAAGGCCUGAGGUCAUCUGCCUUUGGCCUAAAGAGCAGGAACCUGGACUUCACCAAAUAUAUCAGAAAUACAGACAUUGUCAUCCUACAUGAAACAUGGUAUAGAGGAGACGGACCCACUGGUUGCCCUCUAGGUUACAGAGAGCUGAUAGUCCCAUCCAGCAAACUACCAGGUAUAAAACAGGGAAGGGACUCAGGGAGUAUGCUAAUUUGGUAUAGAGCAGACCUGACUCACUCUAUUAAAUUAAUCAAAACAGGAACAUUUUACAUUUAACUAGAAAUUCUAAAGGAAAUUAUCUCAACAGAGAAAAAUUUCCUCCUGUGUGCUACCUAUAUCCCCCCACUAGAAUCACCAUACUUCCAGGCUCAGGGACAUGUACUAGUCUGUGGCGACCUAAAUGCCAGAACUGGACAAGAACCUGACACCCUCAGCACACAGGGGGACAAACACACACCUGGAGGUGACAGCAUUUUCCCCCCCAUUUGCCCCCCUAGGCACAACUACGACAACAUAACCAACAAAAACAGGUCACAACUCAUGCAGCUCUGUCACACGCUGGGUCUGUACAUAGUCAAUGGUAGGCUUCGAGGGGACUCCUAUGGUAGGUACACCUACAGCUCAUCUCUUGGCAGUAGUACUGUAGACUACUUUAUCACUGACCUCAACCCAGAGUCUCUCAGAGCGUUCAGUCAGCCCACUGACACCCCUAUCAGACCACAGCAAAAUCACAGCUUACUUGAACGGAGCAAUACUCAAUCAUGAAGCAUCAAAACCAAAGGAACUGAAUAAUAUUAAGAUAUGCUAUAGUUGGAAGGAAAGUAGUGUAGAAACCUACCAAAAAACAAUUAGGAAACAACAAAUUCAAUCCCUUUUAGACAACUUCCUGGACAAAACGUUUCACUGUAAUAGUGAAGGUGUAAACUUGGCAGUAGAAAACCUAAAAACAGUAUAUUUGACCUCUCAGCUUCCCUAUCAAAUUCAAAAAUGUCUAACAGAAAACCAAAGAAAAUUAACAACAAUGACAAAUGGUUUGAUGAAGAAUGCAAAAAACCUAAGAAAGAAAUUGAGAAACCUAUCCAACCCGGAAACGUGGAGACCCAGAAGGCCUGAGCCUACGCCUUCACCGUGGUGAAUCACUAAAACAAUACAGAGCUGCACUGCGGAGGAGGAGGGAGCAGCAUGUCAGAAAUCAGCUCGGUGUGGUUGAGGAAUCCGUGGCAAACAACAGCACGAGGGGUUGUCUAUCCAGAACGGAGAUGUGUGAGUAAACCACUUCUCCAAUCUUUUUGGCCCUGUAACAAAGUACAAACAGCAAAAACAUAUACAUGAUCAAAUACAGGUCUCGGAGUCGACUGUGAAGACUGCCAGAACCCACUGGAUUCUCCGGUUGUAUUGAAUUAACUACAGGACAGGGAACAGACCCUCCAACCCAAGGGGGCCUGUGGUGUUGAUGGUAUCCUCAAUGGAAUGAUGAAAUGUACAGACCACAAAUUCCAAUUGGCUAUACUUGAGCUCUUUGGCAUCGUCCUUAGCUCUGGCAUCUUCCCCAAUGUUUGGAACCAGGGACUGAGCACCCCAAUCCACAAAAGUGGAGACAAAUUUGACCCCAAUAACCAGGGAGUCUAGUAGUGUAGGGGCUUAGGGUUUUACUGUUUUCCCCCAGGUGCUGCUGCCAUGAGUGAUUUAUUUAACACUACUCUGGUGGAGAGAGAGAGAGAGGGAGAGAGAGAGAGAGAGCGAGAGACCGAGAGACCUGGGCUCCGGACCAGAAAAGGUCAGGAAAUCAGGAUCACAAAUAUAAAUUCCAUUUGGACACAGUUCUAUUAGAACACACCAGAAACGACACGUAUCUAGGACUAAAUAUCAGCAACACAGGUAGCUUUCAUACGGCUGUGAAUGAGCUGAGAGACAAAGCAAGAAGAGCAUUCUAUGCCAUUAAAAGGAACAUUAAAAUCGAAAUUCCAAUUAGAAUAUGGUUAAAAAUGUUCCAAUCAGUUAUAGAACCAAUUGCUCUAUAUGGCAGCGAAGUAUGGGGUACGCUCUCUAAUAAUGAAUUUAACAAAUGGGACAAACAUCCAAUCAAAAUACUGCAUGCAGAGUUUUGCAAGACUGUAUUGCAAGUGCAAAGAAAAACUCAAAAUAACCAAUGCAGAGCAGAUUUGGGCCAAUACCCCCUCCUUAUUCGAAUUGAAAAAAGAGCCAUCAGAUUUUACAACCAUCUAAAAACAAGUGACCCCAAAAACAUUCCAUCACACAACCCUACAAUGUCAAGAGAUGAAACAAGAGAGGAGUCCCCUCAGCCAGCAGGUUCUGAGGCUCAUUUCACUAACCCAAACCAACCCCAUAGAGCCUCAGGACAGCACUCAGAAAAUAUGGCCCAACCAAAUCAUCACAAAGCAAAAAUAAAUAUAUCAGCUACUGGAAAGACACCACAAAAAAUCAAAGUAAACUUCAAUGCUAUUUGGCUCUAAACAGACAGUACAUGGUGGCAGACUAUCUGACCACUGUGACUGAUAGAAAACUGAGAAAAACACUGACUAGGUACAGACUCAGUGAGCACAGUCUGGCUAUAGAGACCGGUCGUCACAGGCAAACCUGGCUGCCCAGAGAGGACAGGCUGUGCUCACUCUGACCCCGGGGAGAGGUAGAGACAGAGCUGCAUUUCCUAUUACACUGUGACAAAUACUCAGACCUAAGAGAAUCUUUCUUUCCCAAAAUUGUAAUUUGAAACUAAAAAUUUAAUAUUUAUUGGGUGAAAAGCCAAUACGUGCAAUUUUGGCAGGCAAAUAUGUGUCCUCCUGCCACAACCUGAGGGACAGCCAGUGAAAAGUGUAAUGUAAUGUCAAUAAUAUUUCCCAUUUAGUUUUGUUUUGGCUUUCAUACCAUGUCAUGUGUCUUCUCAGUCAUGUUGAGACUGGUCUACUACUAUUGCUUUAAUGUAUUGUUAUUCUCAUUAAUAUUGUUGUUGUAGUUGCUGUUAAUGAUAAUCCCAUUUCCACUAGAGAGAGAGAGAGAGAGAGAGAUAGAGAAAGAUGGAGAGAGAUGAGAGAGAGAGAGAGAGAGAGAGAGAGAGAGAGAGAGAGAGAGAGAGAGAGAGAGAGGUUAGAGAGAGAGCGCGCGGGCGAGAGGGGGAGAGAGGGAGGCAGAGAGAGAGGGAGGCAGAAGAGAGAGAGGCGAGAGAUCAGAGGGAAGAGUAGAGAACAGAGAGAGAGAGGGCAGAGAGAGGCAGAAGAGAGGCAGAGAGAGAGGGAGAGAGAGAGACAGAGAGAGAGAAAGAGAGACAUGGGAGAAGAUAAAGAGAGAAGUGAGAGAGAGAGGGUGAGAGGAGAGAGAGUAGGAGAGAGAGAAAGAGAGACAGACAGAUAUAAAAGAGAGACAGACAGAGCGAGAGAGAAGAGAGAGGGAGAGAGGAAGCAAACAGAGAGAGACCAGGAGAGAGUGGAGAGAGAGAGACAGAUGAGGGCAGAGAGAGGCGAGGCUGAGAGGAGGACAGGAGAGAGAGAGACAGAGAGAGAGAAAGAGAGACAGGGAGAGAGAAAGAGAGAAAGAGAGAGAGAGAGGGGAGAGAGAGAGAGAUAGAGAGAGAGAAAGAGAGACAGACAGAUAGAAAGAGAGACAGACAGAGAGAGAAAGAGAGGGAGAGAGAGAGCAACAGAGAGAGACAGGAGAGAGGGAGAGAGAGAGGGAGAGAGAGACAGAGACGAGAGAGCGAGGACAGAGAGAGAGAAAGAGAGGGACAGGGAGAGAGGAAAGAGAGAAAGAGAGAGAGAGAGGGGAGAGAGAGAGAUAGAGAGAGAGAAAGAUGAGACAGACAGAUAGAAAGAGAGACCGACCGAGAGAGAAAGGAGGGGAAGAGGAGAGAGCGACAGAGCGAACAGCGAGAGAGAGAGCCUGAGAAGAGAAAGGAGGCGAUGGAGAGGAGAUGUUAGAGAGAUGUGAGGGUGAGGGGAGCGAAAGAGGAGGAGAGAGAAGAAGAGAGAGGGAGAGCGAGAGAGAGAGAGGCAGAGAGAGGCAGACGAGAUAGAGAGAGAGGCAGAGAGAGGCAGAGAAGGAGGGAGAGAGAGACAGAAGAGAGAGAUACAGGAGAGAGUGACACCGAGAGAGAGACAGAGAGAGAGAAAAGAAGACAGGGAGAGAGACAGGAGAGAAUGGAGAAAGAGAGAGAGAGAGAGGAGAGAAACAGAGGAUGAGAGAGAGAGAGACAGAGAGAAGAGAGCAGAGAGAAAGAGAGACAGACAGAGAAGGACAGAGAGAGAGAGAGAGAGGGAGAGAGACAGAGAGAGAUGGAGAGAAGCGGAGAGAGGCGAGAGAGGGGAGCAGAGAGACAGGACAGAGAGAGAGAGAGAGGGAAAGAGGCGAGAGAGACACAGAGAGAGAGAGAGAGAGAGAGAGCGAGAGACAGAGAGAGAGGAGAGAGAGAGAGAGAGAGGACAGAGGGGGAGGAGAGAGAGGAGGGAGAGGAGAGAGAGAGAGAGAGAGAGAGAGAGAGGAGAGACAGAGGAGAGACGAGAGAGGAGAAAGAGAGGAGGAGGGGCGAGAGAGACAGAGAGAGAGAAAGAGAGAGGAGAGAGGCACAGAGGGAGAGAGGAGAGAGAGAGAGAGACAGAGAGAGGAGACAGAGAGAGAGAAAGAGAGAAAGGGAGAUAGACAGAGGAGAGAGAAGAGAGAGGAGAGAGAAAGAGAGAGAAAUCCCCCUCCCCAGAGAGCGAGAGAGAGAGAGAGGGACAAGGACAGACAGAGAGAAAGAGAGACAGACAGAGAGAGGACAGACAAGAGAGAGACCGAGAGAGAGAAAGAGAGAGGGAGAGAGAGAGGAGAGGAGAGAGACAGAGAGAGAGUGAGAGAGGACAGAGAGAGAGAGAGAGAGAGACAGAGCGAGAGAAAGUGAGAGCGGGAGAGAGAACAGGGGAGGAGAAAGUGAGCGAGGGAAGAGCAGGCGAGAGAACAGAGAGCGAGGACAGAGAGAGAGGGAGAGAGAGAGAGACAGGGAGAGAGACAGAGAGAGAGAGACAGAGAGAGAGGGAGAGGGAGAGACAGAGAGAGAGACAGAGAGAGAGAGAGAGACAGAGAGAGGAAAAAUCCUAAGGUCUGCUGUAUCAGGUCCCAGUUGAGGAUAAAGUUCCUUCCUCCUCCUCCUCCUCCUUCUCCUCUUCCUCCUUCUCCUCAUUCUCCUCUUCCUCCUCUCUAUGUAAGGCAGGGGAACAGAAGAGCCCAGGGCCUUGCUGAGGCCCACAACCACCAGAAUCUAGGUUACGCGCACUGAGAUCCUCACUCCAGGCCAACUGAACCACUUCAGCAAGACGUCAUAUGUGCUUCGCUUUCUCACGUUCUUCUUUCUCCUCUUGGCUUCAAUAGAUCUUCUUAAUGGUGUAUAGUACAGUAAAUAAUCUAAUGAAUGAGGAUACGGAAGCUUAUAUUGAAGCAGCAUAGAUACUGCAUUAACUGUACUACACAGUAAUCAGGUUAUCCUAUACUGCAGGGUUGCCCAACCCUGUUCCUGGAGAGCUACCGUCCUGUAGGUUUUUGCUCCAACCCUAAUCUAGCCGCACCUGAUUCUAAUAAUUAGCAGGUUGAUAAGAUGAAAUCGGGUUAGUAGCACCUGGGGUUGGAGCGAAAACCUACAGGAGGGUAGUUCUCCAGGAACAGGGUUGGGCAACCCCUGCUAUACUGGUAUCAACCACCUUUGGAAAGUGGAAUAUUUAUAUCCAAUGGUAUUGAAUAAUUGUUAUCCAUCAUCUACUUAACAACCUGUCAUCUUCAAGGCAUUAACGGUAACACUUUACUUGACACCCCAGUGUCAUAACACGUUAUGACACGGUCAUAACCACGUCAUCCUAUGUCAUAACAGCUGACAUAACUUGUCAUAACCUGUCAUAAUAUGGUCAUUUCACUGUCAUGACCCACAUAUUUACACCUGUUGUGACAUAUAUUGUGUUAUUUUAUGGCUGGUUAUGACACCUACAGAAUAGUGUCAAAACCCACUUUUUUUUUUAAUUCUCCCUGCCAAGAAGUUUCCUUUCGUUUGAAAGUUUGUUUCUUAAAUCCUUUGUUGUUGUAAGUAAGAAAAUUGGAAUAAGAAAAUACACUUCAUGACAAUGAAGCAUUAUGACCAUCAUAAUCAUAAUAAUCUGUGGGCUGUUUUACAUACACCUUAGCCAAAUACAUUUAAACUCAGUUUUUCAUAAUUCCUGACAUUUAAUCGUAGUACAAAUUCCCUGUCUUAGGUCAGUUAGGAUCACCACUUUAUUUUAAGAAUGUGAAAUGUCAGAAUAAUAGUAGAGAGAAUGAUAUAUUUCAGCUUUUAUUUAUUUCAUCACAUUCCCAGUGGGUCAGAAGUUUACAUACACUCAAUUAGUAUUUGGUAGCAUUGCCUUUAAAUUGUUUAACUUGGGUCAAAUGUUUCGGGUAGCCUUCCACAAGCUUCCCACAAUAAGUUGGGUGAAUUUUGGCCCAUUCCUCCUGACAGAGCUGGUGUAACUGAGUCAGGUUUGUAGGCCUCCUUGCUCGCACAUGCUUUUUCAGUUCUGCCCACACAUUUUCUAUAGGAUUGAGGUCAGGGCUUUGUGAUUGCCACUCCAAUACCUUGACUUUGUUGUCCUUAAGCCAUUUUGCCACAACUUUGGAAGUAUGCUUGUGGUCAUUGUCCAUUUGGAAGACCCAUUUGCGACCAAGCUUUAACUUCCUGACUGAUGUCUUGAGAUGUUGCUCCAAUAUAUCCACAUAAUUUUCCUUCCUCAUGAUGCCAUCUAUUUUGUGAAGUGCACCAGUCCCUCCUGCAGAAAAGCACCCCCACAGCAUGAUGCUGCUACCCCCGUGCUUCACGGUUGGGAUGGUGUUCUUCAGCUUUUUCCUCCAAACAUAACGAUGGUCAUUAUGGCCGAACAGUUCUAUUUUUGUUUCAUCAGACCAGAGGACAUUUCUCCAAAAAGUAAGAUCAUUGUCCCAAUGUGCAGUUGCAAACCGUAGUCUGGCUUUUUUAUUGCGGUUUUGGAGCAGUGGCUUCUUCCUUGCUGAGCGGCCUUUCAGGUUAUGUCGAUAUAGGACUUGUUUUACUGUGGAUAUAGAUACUUUUGUACCUGUUUCCUCCAGCAUCUUCACAAGGUCCUUUGCUGUUGUUCUGGGAUUGAUUUGCACUUUUUCCACCAAAGUACGUUCAUCUCUAGGAGACAGAACGCGUCUCCUUCCUGAGCGGUAUGAUGGCUGCGUGGUCCCAUGAUGUUUAUACUUGCAUACUAUUGUUUGUACAGAUGAACGUGGUACCUUCAGGCGUUUGGAAAUUGCUCCCAAGGAUGAACCAGAUUUGUGGAGGUCUACAAUUUAUUUUCUGAGGUUUUGGCUGAUUUCUUUUGAUUUUCCCAUGAUGUCAAGCAAAGAGUCAUUUAGUUUGAAGGUAGGCCUUGAAAUACAUCCACAGGUACACCUCCAAUUGACUCAAAUUAUGUCAAUUAGCCUAUUAGAAGCUUCUAAAGCCAUGACAUCAUUUUCUGGAAUUUUCCAAGUUGUUUAAAGGCACAGUCAACUUAGUGUAUGUAAACUUCUGACCCACUGGAAUUGUGAUACAGUGAAUUAUAAGUGAAAUAAUCUGUCUGUAAACAAUUGUUGGAAAUAUUACUUGUGUCAUGCAUAAAGUAAAUGUCCUAACCGACUUGCCAAAACUAUAGUUUGUUAACAAGAAAUUUGUGGAGUGGUUUAAAAAACGAGUUUUAAUGAUUACAACCUAAGCGUAUGUAAAACUUCCGACUUCAACUGUAUAUCAGUCAUCAGUCAAAAAGAGGGUGUCUUGUCCUGCUCCUGAAAUCUGCUCCUGCAUUCAUCCCAGUCAUCAGCAACAGAGCAUUGGGGUAAGGGCACAUCAAUGUGUGCGCAAUUACAAUGAUAAUUUAAAUAUGGUCCAUUAAAAAAAAUAUAUAUAGAACAUAAACAUACUGUUGACACGUAAGCUAUGAUGUACUGGAAUGUUCUGCCUUGUGUGGUAGGUUUUGUGGGUUUUGACACUCUUACGUAGGUGUCAUAACCAGCCAUAAAAUAAAUACUGUGGUAGUAAAAUAACACAAUAUAUGUCACAACAGGUGUAAAUAUAUGAGGUCAUGACAGUGUUAUGACCAUAUUAUAACAGGUUACGAUGCGUUAUGUCAGCUGUUAUGACAUAUUAUGACAUGGUUAUGACCGUGUUAUGACUCUGGGUGUCAAGUAAAGUGUUACCGCAUUGGUAUUAACAUCUGUUGUCUACACCCGCCAUUAAAAAGCACGUGAAAAUGGUCACAUCUGUGAAAUAAUGUCAUGCUCAGCCUGGGAUGACUAAUGUUUAAUUCUAUGGAUCCUUACACUGUCCUGUUCAUGAUUCUUAAAAAGACGUCCUCCAGCGGUUUCUGAACUUUUACUGUUGAAAAGCGAUAUAUACGAAGUAUGAAUACAGUACAGUGCACACACUAAAGGGUAAAAUAAUACGUUUUGAGCAAAAAACUUCAAGGAGUAGGUCUGAUGGUCUGACGUGAUGUCAUCGGCCUUCCCCUUGCUUGAGGAGCAAUAGAGAACUGAACUGAAGAGAAAAUAUUAUUAGUGGAGGUGUGUGGCUCUGGAGGAGGCAAGCCCUCUCCCAGCGCCUUCCGGCACCUUCCCUGUUGGGAGGCUAAUGGAGCCCAGCUGAGGGUCAUAAGUCAAUCAAGUGUGUGAUUGGCUGGACAAUCAACUCCAACAGUUGAUUAGGCUGCUGCUCCCAUUUGAGGGAGAGGACUGGAGACAGCAGCAGGCAGGUUGGGGCUGAAAGGUGAUCCGUUUAAAAUAACCUUUGUUGUUUGAAGUUAUACUUUAAGUUUAUUAUUUGUAAGCAUUUCUGUUGGUCAAUUAUUAAAUAAAACCUUAGUUUGAAGCAUUAACUCUGCCUCACUGAGCCUCUGUACCCUGAGACUCUCUUAGAUCUGGCCGUGGCAGUGGCCUCUCCCAAGCUCUGCUACAUGGUCUGUCUGUUUAGACUGACAUUACUGGGCUGGUUCAUGGUCUGUCUGUUUAGACUGACAUUACUGGGCUGGUUCAUGGUCUGUCUGUCUGUUUAGACUGACAUUACUGGGCUGGUUCAUGGUCUGUCUGUCUGUUUAGACUGACAUUACUGGGCUGGUUCAUGGUCUGUCUGUCUGUUUAGACUGACAUUACUGGGCUGGUUCAUGGUCUGUCUGUUUAGACUGACAUUACUGGGCUGGUUCAUGGUCUGUCUGUCUGUUUAGACUGACAUUACUGGGCUGGUUCAUGGUCUGUCUGUUUAGACUGACAUUACUGGGCUGGUUCAUGGUCUGUCUAUCUGUCUGUUUAGACUGACAUUACUGGGCUGGUUCAUGGCCUGUCUGUUUAGACUGACAUUACUGGGCUGGUUCAUGGUCUGUCUGUUUAGACUGACAUUACUGGGCUGGUUCAUGGUCUGUCUAUCUGUCUGUUUAGACUGACAUUACUGGGCUGGUUCAUGGCCUGUCUGUUUAGACUGACAUUACUGGGCUGGUUCAUGGUCUGUCUGUUUAGACUGACAUUACUGGGCUGGUUCAUGGUCUGUCUGUUUAGACUGACAUUACUGGGCUGGUUCAUGGUCUGUCUGUCUGUUUAGACUGACAUUACUGGGCUGGUUCAUGGUCUGUCUGUCUGUCUGUUUAGACUGACAUUACUGGGCUGGUUCACGGCGUUAUACUCGGCUGGCGUUCUCGGCACACUCCAUCCCCUCUAGUUAUCAAGAUUGCAGUCCAAAUAGCUGUCAGCUGGGAUGACCAUUUCUCCUCCACGGAGAAGAGUAACAGCCCUGGCCAAGCCCAGUAACAUCACUUAGAUUCACCAUGACGAGGGAACACAACCGCCACGGCUUGACAGGCCUCCUACGCCUCCAUCCAGAUGUCCUCGUCAGCGCUAACGCUAAUGCUAACACACACUAAAGGUUUAACUACUGUUCCCUUAGCGACUGAGGCCAUUUGUCCUGUGACUUCUAAAGCCUGUCAGAUCCAGGGUGAGAGCGGAGCAAAGUGGUGUUUGUUUACCCAGACAUCUCUCUGGUGGACGGUAUGCCUCUGUGUUCAUUUACACCUGAUACAGUGCCUUGCAAAGAAUUCAUCCCCCUUGGCGUUUUUUCCUAUUUUGUUGCAUUACAACCUGUAAUUUAAAUGGAUUUGUAUUUGGAUUUCAUGUAAUGGACAUACAAAAAAUAGUCCAAAUUGGUGAAGUGAAAUGAAAAAAAACUUGUUUCAAGAAAUUCUAAAAAAUAAAUAACGGAAAAGUGGUGACUGCAUAUGUAUUCACCCCCUUUGCUAUGAAGCCCCUAAAUAAGAUCUGGUGCAACCAAAUUACCUUCAGAAGUCACAUAAUUAGUUAAAUAAAGUCCACCUGUAUGCAAUCGAAGUGUCAUAUGAUCUCAGUAUAUAUACACCUGUUCUGAAAGGCCCCAGAGUCUGCAACACCACUAAGCAACGGCCACCACCAAGCAAGCGGCACCAUGAAGACCAAGGAGCUCUCCAAACAGGUCAGGGACAAAGUUGUGGAGAAGUACAGAUCAGGGUUGGGUUAUAAAAAAAUAUCAGAAACUUUGAACAUCCCACAGAGCACCAUUAAAUCCAUUAUUUAAAAAAUGGAAAGAAUAUGGCACCACAACAAACCUGCCAAGAGAGGGCCGCCCACCAAAACUCAUGGACCAGGCAAGGAGGGCCUUAACCAGAGAGGCAACAAAGAGACCAAAGAUAACCCUGAAGGAGCUGCAAAGCUCCACAGCGGAGAUGGAGUAUCUGUCCAUAGGACCACUUUAAGCCGUACACUCCACAAAGCUGGGCUUUACGGAAGAGUGGCCAGAAAAAAGCCAUUGCUUAAAGAAAUAAAAAGCAAACACGUCUGGUGUUCGCCAAAAGGCAUGUGGGAGACUCCUCCAAACAUAUGGAAGGUAAUCUGGUCAGAUGAGACUAAAAUUGAGCUUUUUGGCCAUCAAGGAAAACGCUAUGUUUGGCGCAAACCCAACACCUCUCAUCACCCUGAGAACACCAUCCCCACAGUGAAGCAUGGUAGUGGCAGCAUCAUGCUGUGGGGAUGUUUUUCAUCGGCAGGGACUGGGAAACUGGUCAGAAUUGAAGGAAUGAUGGAUGGCGCUAAAUACAGGGAAAUUCUUGAGGUACACCUGUUUCAGUCUUCCAGAGAUUUGAGACUGGGAUGGAGGUUCACCUUCCAGCAGGACAAUGACCCUAAGCAUACUGCUAAAGCAACACUUGAGUGGUUUAAGGGGAAACAUUGAAAUGUCUUGGAAUGGCCUAGUCAAAGCCCAGACCUCAAUCCAAUUGAGAAUCUGUGGUAUGUCUUAAAGAUUGCUGUACACCAGCGGAACCCAUCCAACUUGAAGGAGCUGGAGCAGUUUUGCCUUGAAGAAUGGGCGGAAUUCCCAGGGGCUAGAUGUGCCAAGCUUAUAGAGACAUACCCCAAGAGACUUGCAGCUGUAAUUGCUGCUAAAGUUGGCUUGGGGGGGGGGUGUCACGAUCGUCUAUAAAGGGAGCAGACCAAUACGCAGCGCGUUGAGUGAACAUGAUGACUUUAAUAAAGAAAGCACGUAACUACAAAACAAAAGACGAUAGUGAAGUCCAACAGUGACAAAAUACUGAACCUGGAACAAAAACCCACAAUUCCCACAGGAAAACAAUCAGAUUAAAUAUGGCUCCCAAUCAGAGAUAACGAGCCGACAGCUGACACUCGUUACCUCCGAUUGGGAGUCAUUGACCAAACCUAGACAUAAACCCCACAGAACUGCAAACAUAGAAAUACACCCAAAACCCAACAUAACCAAACCAAAACCCAACAAAACAAAUACACCCUGGCUCAAAUAUAAAAGUCCCGGAGCCAGAGUGUCACAGUACCCCCCCCUAAAGGUGCGAACUCCGGGCGCACCAGCAUACAGUCUAUGGGAGGGUCUGGGUGGGCGUCUGUCCACGGUGGCGGCUCUGGCCCUGGUCGUGGUCCCCACCCCACCUUAGUCACUAUCCGCUUCCGUAGCCUCCUCCAUAUGACCACCCCCCAACUAAACCCCACUGGAUUAAGGGGCGGCACCGGACUAACGGGCAGCACCGGACUAAGGGGCAGCACCGGACUAAGGGGGCAGUACCGGACUAAGGGGCAGCACCAGGAUAAGGGGCAGCACCGGGCUAAGGGACAGCACCGGACUCAAUGGCGGAUCCUGGCUGGCUGGCUCUGGCGGAUCCUGGUUGGACGGCUCUGGCGGAUCCUGGCUGGACGGCUCAUGGCUGGCUGAAGGAUCUGGCUGCUCAUGGCUGGCUGACGGAUCUGGCUGCUCAUGGCUGGCUGACGGAUCUGGCUGCUCAUGGCUGGCCGACGGAUCUGGCUGCUCAUGGCUGGCCGACGGAUCUGGCUGCUCAUGGCUGGCCGACGGAUCUGGCUGCUCAUGGCUGGCCGACGGAUCUGGCUGCUCAUGGCUGGCUGACGGAUCUGGCUGCUCAUGGCUGGCUGACGGAUCUGGCUGCUCAUGGCUGGCCGACGGAUCUGGCUGCUCAUGGCUGGCCGACGGAUCUGGCUGCUCAUGGCUGGCCGACGGAUCUGGCUGCUCAUGGCUGGCUGAAGGCUCUGGCUGAUCCUGUCUGGCGGAAGGCUCUGGCUGAUCCUGUCUGGCGGAAGGCUCUGGCUGAUCCUGUCUGGCGGAAGGCUCUGGCUGAUCCUGUCUGGCGGAAGGCUCUGGCCGAUCCUGUCUGGCGGAAGGCUCUGGCUGAUCCUGUCUGGCGGAAGGCUCUGGCUGAUCCUGUCUGGCGGAAGGCUCUGGCUGAUCCUGUCUGGCGGAAGGCUUUAGCGGCUCCGGUCUGGCGGACGGCUCUGAAGGCUCAUGGCAGACGGGCGGCUUAUGCAGCGCUUGGCAGACGGACAGUUCAGACGGCGUUGGGCAGACAGGCAGUUCAGGCGCCGUUGGGCAGACGGGCAGUUCAAGCGCCGUUGGGCAGACGGGCAGUUCAGGCGCCGUUGGGCAGACGGGCAGUUCAGGCGCCGUUGGGCAGACGGCAGACUCUGGCCGGCCGAGACGCACUAUAGGCCUGGUGCGUGGUGCCGGAACUGGUGGUCCCGGGCUGAGGACACGCAUCUCAGGGCUAGUGCGGGGAGCAGCAACAGGGCGCACAGGACUCUGGGGACACACAGGAGGCUUGGUGCGUGGUGUAGGCACUGGUGGUACUGGGCUGGAGCGGGGAGGUGGCGCCGGAAAUACCGGACCGUGCAGGCGUACUGGCUCCCUUGAGCACUGAGCCUGCCCAACCUUACCUGGUUGUAUACUCCCCGUCGCCCGACCAGUACGGGAAGGAGGAAUAACCCGCACCGGGCUAUGUAGGCGAACCGGGGACACCAUGCGUAAGGCUGGUGCCAUGUAAGCCGGCCCGAGGAGACGCACUGGUGGCCUGAUGCGUUGGGCCGGCUUCAUGACAUCCGGCUCAACGCUCAAUCUAGCCCGGCCGAUACGUGGAGCUGGAAUGUACCGAACCGGGCUAUGCCUGCGUACAGGAGACACCAUGCGCUCUACUGCGUAACACGGUGUCUGCCCGUACUCUCGCUCUCCACGGUAAGUCCAGGGAGUAGGCGCAGGUCUCCUACCUGACUUCGCCACACUCCCUUUAAGCCCCCCCCCAAGAAAUGUUUGGGUAGUACCCACGGGCUUCCAGCCUCGACUCCGUGCUGCCUCCUCAUACCACCUCCUCUCGGCUUUAGCUGCCUCCAGCUCUUCACGAGGGCGGCGAUAUUCUCCCGGUUGUGCCCAAGGACCCUUUCCAGCCCGUAUCUCCUCCCAUGUCCAUGAAUCCUUUGGAGGCGUCCAUAAAUCCUGUGUAGGUAGGUCCUGUUGCCGCUUGACACGCUGCUUGGUCCUUUUAAGGUGGGUUUUUCUGUCACGAUCGUCUAUAAAGGGAGCAGACCAAUACGCAGCGCGUUGAGUGAACAUGAUGACUUUAAUAAAGAAAGCACGUAACUACAAAACAAAAGACGAUAGUGAAGUCCAACAGUGACAAAAUACUGAACCUGGAACAAAAACCCACAAUUCCCACAGGAAAACAAUCAGAUUAAAUAUGGCUCCCAAUCAGAGAUAACGAGCCGACAGCUGACACUCGUUACCUCCGAUUGGGAGUCAUUGACCAAACCUAGACAUAAACCCCACAGAACUGCAAACAUAGAAAUACACCCAAAACCCAACAUAACCAAACCAAAACCCAACAAAACAAAUACACCCUGGCUCAAAUAUAAAAGUCCCGGAGCCAGAGUGUCACAGGGGGGGGGUGAAUAGUUAUGCACGCUCAAGUUUUCUGUUUUUUUGUCUUAUUUCUUGUUUGUUUCACAACAAAAAUUAUUUUGCAUCUUCAAAGUGGUAGACAUGUUGUGUAAAUCAAAUGAUACAAACCCCCCAAAAAAUCCAUUUUAAUUCCAGGUUGUAAGGCAACAAAAUAGGAAAAAUGCCAAGGGGGGUGAAUACUUUCGCAAGCCUGGUGGGACCAAUGUGUCCAUUCUGUCCUAAUAUAUAUAUGGUACUCCGAGGCUAAGCCACUGGCUGGACAAAAGGAUAUGAAGUCAGUCAGGCUUGAAGGCAGCCAUCAUUCCUACUGUAACUCAUAUUGAAGAGGCAGACCCAUCACAAUGGAGGUUAUUAGUGAAGGUUAUUGAUGAGGCAGACCCAUCACAAUGAAGGUUAUUGAUGAGGCAGACCCAUCACAUUGGAGGAUAGUAGUGAAGGUCAUUGAUGAGGCAAACCCAUCAAAUUGGAGGUUAUUAGUGAAGGUUAUUGAUGAGGCUGACCCAUCACAUUACAUUAACAUUUUAGUCAUUCAAAUCAGCAACCUUUUGGUUACUGGCCCAAUGCUCUUAGCCGCUAGGCUAACUGUCACCCUUUGCUAACCAUUGGAGGUUAUUAGUGAAGGUUAUUGAUAUUUCAUAUGAGGAAGGAUAUAUUCUGUCUGAAAAUGAAUCCUUUGAACGUUAGCUAGCUAGCUGUGCGUUGCUCUUUUGCACUUUGCUCUAAGUCCCCCCUCCCUCCCCUUCUCUCUCACAUCACCACCAUCACAUAUCUCAUAACCCUAAAUUAAACCAUUGUGUGCCCAGAAAUGCUAAUCACUUGUUUGUAGAAGAAGAUGGAGAUUUGCAUAUUGGUCAUAAAUAGAAGAUUGCAGUUGAGAUUGAGUGGUAAAAGGGGUUUUAACCACAACCAAAGGGUUGAGGGGACAGACUUUCAACAGAACAGAAAACCUAUUUGGUUUGGGAGACAAAUAAUGAUUCAUUUAUUAUUAUCAAUUAUUUAUUUAUUGUCAGUAGCCAACAGCCAAACUACCUACCAUGACAUUCAUUGAAGAUAAGAUAUUAUGAGCUAUAAAGGUAGGAGAAAAUACCAUUGCCCUACAUACCCAAUAUGCUGAAUUCAAAACAUUUAAUGUGUGCUAAAACAACAACUGGAACCGUAGUAGUCUCUCUGAAUUAAUAUAGCUUUAAUGACUUGAAAAUGUGGUGUUCCACUUGCACUAGAUUAGGAAAACCAUUUAGCAGAAAUUGCAUUGUUUGGCUGCACCAGCAAACAGACGAAUGAGCAUAAGGCUGACUGUAUCUCUACCUUGCAUUAUUCAUGUUGUGUCUCUGAGUGGUGUGUCAAGAAGCAAGCCCUGUUUAAAAGACAUUCAGCACCACUCAGCUAUGCUCUGCUAAAAUGCUGCGUAUAGUCAGAGAGGAAGAGGCGAAGCGAGAGGACUCACUCUCGCCAAAAUCUGUCCAAUGAAACCAUGGGCUAAAUAAAACAGACCUAAGCUUGUCGCCUGUCUUCCUGCCUUUGGGACAACGACUCCCAUUGUUAGGACGGAGACAUGAGCAUCUCUUCAUUAUGUAACGAUCUCUGGUACAGUGUGAUUUGUGUGCGAUGUGGUUGGCUGGUUGCUGUCGAAUUUCUUUGAACAGAGGAGGGAGAGAGAGCAUGAUGCUCCUUUGACGUCUCUGUGAGUGAAUUUGCACGUCCCAUGUAAUGGAAGUUGUAACGAGGAGUAGAAAUCCACUUAGCCUAAUUAUUGUUUCCUGGCACAUUCAUUUUAUUUUAUUUUGUGUGGAUAUCCAGCCACGGAGUCAGACUGAUAUUUACUGUGCUUUGAUUGACGACCGAACAGCAAGCUUGACUAGUUUAUAAAAAGGUGUCGAACUCAUAUAUCCCUUUGCCAUUGGUCCAUGGUAUCGUAUCAGGACAGUAAACCAAAUAUCUCUUUUGCAUUUUCCUAGGAUAUAUAGGAUACCCCAAUAUCCUCAGAGUUCGUACUGCUUGGUGACCUAAAUUGGGAUAUGCUUAACACCCCGGCCAUCCUACAGUCUAAACUAGAUGCCCUCAAUCUCACACAAAUUAUCAACGAACCUACCAGGUACAACCCUAAAUCCGUAAACAUGGGUACCCUCAUAGAUAUCAUCCUGACUAACUUACCCUCUAAAUACACCUCCGCUGUCUUCAACCAGGAUCUCAGCGAUCACUGCCUUAUUGCCUGCGUCCGUAACGGGUCCGCGGUCAAACGACCACCCCUAAUCACUGUCAAACGCUCCCAAAAACACUUCAGCGAGCAGGCCUUCCUAAUUGACCUGGCCCAGGUAUCCUGGAUGGAUAUAGAUCUCAUUCCGUCAGUAGAGGAUGCCUGGUUGUUCUUUAAAAGUAAUUUCCUCUCAAUCUUAAAUAAACAUGCCCCAUUCAAAAAAUACAGAACUAAGAACAGAUAUAGCCCCUGGUUCUCCUCAGACUUGACUGCCCUUGACCAGCACAAAAACAUCCUGUGGCGUACUGCAUUAGCAUCAAAUAGCCCCCGCGAUAUGCAACUUUUCAAGGAAGUUAGGAACCAAUAUACACAAGCAGUUAGGAAAGCAAAGGCUAACUUUUUCAAACAGAAAUUUGCAUCCUGUAGCACUAACUCCAAAAAGUUUUGGGACACUGUAAAGUCCAUGGAAAAUAAGAGCACUUCCUCCCAGCUGCCCACUGCACUGAGGCUAGGAAACACUAUCACCACCGAUAAAUCUACAAUAAUCGAGAAUUUCAACAAGCAUUUUGCUACGGCUGGCCAUGCUUUCCACCUGGCUACCACUACCCCGGCCACCAGCUCUGCACCCUCCGCUGCAACUUGCCCAUGCACCCCCCGCUUCUCCUUCACACAAAUCCAGACAGCUGAUGUUCUGAAAGAGCUGCAAAAUCUGGACCCCUACAAAUCAUCUGGGCUAGACAAUCUGGACCCUUUCUUUCUAAAACUAGCCGCCGAAAUUGUCGCAACCCCUAUUACUAGCCUGUUCAACCUCUCUUUCGUAACGUCUGAGAUCCCCAGAGAUUGGAAAGCUGCCGCGGUCAUCCCCCUCUUCAAAGACACUCUAGAUCCAAACUGUUACAGACCCAUAUCCAUCCUGCCCUGCCUUUCAAAAGUUUUUGAAAGCCAAGUCAACAAACAGAUCACCGACCAUUUCGAAUCCCACCGUACCUUCUCCGCUAUGCAAUCCGGUUUCCGAGCUGGUCAUGGGUGCACUUCAGCCACGCUCAAGGUCCUAAACGAUAUUAUAACCGCGAUCGAUAAUAGACAGUACUGUGCAGCCGUUUUCAUUGACCUGGCCAAGGCUUUCGACUCUGUCAACCACCGCAUUCUUAUUGGCAGACUAAAUAGCCUUGGUUUCUCAAAUGACUGCCUCGCCUGGUUCACCAACUACUUCUCAGAUAGAGUUCAAUGUGUCAAAUCGGAGGGCCUGUUGUCUGGACCUAUGGCAGUCUCUAUGGGGGUGCCACAGGGUUCAAUUCUUGGGCCGACUCUUUUCUCUGUGUAUAUCAAUGACGUCGCUCUUGCUGCUGGUGACUCAGAUCCACCUCUACGCAGACGACACCAUUUUGUAUACAUCUGGCCCUUCAUUGGACACUGUGUUAACAAACCUCCAAACGAGCUUCAAUGCCAUACAACACUCCUUCAGUAGCCUCCAACUGCUCUUAAACACUAGUAAAACUAAAUGCAUGCUCUUCAACCGAACGCUGCUUGCACCCGCCCACCCGACUAGAAUCACUACUCUCGACGGGUCUGACCUAGAGUAUGUGGACAACUACAAAUAUCUAGGUGUCUGGUUAGACUGUAAACUCUCCUUCCAGACUCACAUUAAGAAUCUCCAAUCCAAAGUUAAAUCUAGAAUCGGUUUCCUAUUUCGCAACAAAGCCUCCUUCACUCAUGCUGCCAAACAUGCCCUCGUAAAACUGACUAUCCUACCGAUCCUUGACUUCGGCGAUGUCAUUUACAAAAUAGCCUCCAACACUCUACUCAGCAAAUUGGAUGUAGUCUAUCACAGUGCCAUCCGUUUUGUCUCCAAAGCCCCAUAUAAUACCCACCACUGUGACCUGUACGCUCUUGUUGGCUGGUCCUCACUACAUAUUCGUCGCCAAACCCACUGGCUCCAGGCCAUCUAUAAAUCACUGCUAGGCAAAUCCCCGCCUUAUCUUAGCUCAUUGGUCACCAUAGCAACACCCACCCGUAGUCUGCGCUCCAGCAGGUAUAUCUCACUGGUCAUCCCCAAAGCCAACACCUCCUUUGGCCGCAAUUCCUUCCAGUUCUCUGCUGCCAGUGACUGGAACGAAAUGCAAAAAUCUCUGAAGCUGGAGACACUUAUCUCCCUCACUAACUUUAAGCAUCAGUUGUUAGAGCACCUUACCGAUCACUGCACCUGUACACAGCCCAUCUGAAAUUAGCCCGCCCAACUACCUCAUCCCUAUAUUGUUAUUUAUUUUGCUCAUUUGUACCCCAGUAUCUCUAUUUGCACAUCAUCUCUUGCACAUCUAUCAUUCCAGUGUUAAUACUAAUUGUAAUUAUUUUGCACUAUAGCCUAUUUAUUGCCUUACCUCCAUAACUUGCUACAUUUGCACACACUGUAUAUAUAUGUAUUUCUGUUGUAUUUUUGACUUUGUUUUGUUUUACCCCAUAUGUAACUCUGUGUUGUUUUUAUUGCACUGCUUUGCUUUAUCUUGGCCAGGUCGCAGUUGUAAAUGAGAACUUGUUCUCAACUGGUUUACCUGGUUAAAUAAAGGUGAAAAAAACAAAAAAAAAUGAAGCCCAUGUCGGAACUUGUCAGACAGCGAUGCCAAAGGGAGUGACUUGUCAGUGUAGCCAACCGAGUCGCAUCGGUGAGAGAGACGUUCAUUUGGGUCCCUAGUCUGCAUUUAUUGGUUAUUAUCUUCAGAUCAGUUCUGGUCCAUUCCAUGAAGAUGGUGAAUCCUCCCUGCAGUAACAAUAGGGAGUGGAGAAAGCCUCAUUCUGGUCCAAAAUAUGAUAAAAGAAGGCAGAUUGAAUUGUUUUAAACUCUAAUGAUAUUUAUAUGGUUGUAUUAAAGAUAUUGAUAUAGGCCUACUGAUUUAAUCAAAGUGUUGCAGCAAAGACCAUGAUUAACACCUGCUUCAUUCUUCAAUAAUACCUGUAUUGCAGAUGCCUCUUAAAAUGAAGCUUGAAGCUUGUUGAAGUCUGCAGACUCUUACAGGAUUCUUCAAGAAAACUGGGUCAGUUGCUAAACAAGCAUGUAUUUGAAUAAAUGACAUACUGCAAUUCACGAAGAGAGUUGCAAACACUUUAAUUUUAUUCUCUCCAGUAAUUUAACUGAUGUCCAAAAUAUUUAUUUUUGAAAAAUAAAUGCUGUUUCAAAUGAAAAUGUGCCAUAAGACAUUUUAUUUAUAGAGUAUGUGAUUUAACUUAAUAUUAUUAUGUCCAACUUGACCAGUGAAAUAGAGGAAUAAAUCAGUGUGUAUUUGUAUUUUUUAGAGCAGGAGGUUGAGCCUGGGCAGUCAGUGUCCACAGCCACAGAGACAGCCAGACCAACUGAGCCAGCCAGACCAACCGAGCCAGCCAGACCAAAAGAACCAGCCAGACCAAAAGAACCAGCCAGACAGACAGAGCCAGCCAGACCAAAAUAAUCAGCCAGACCGACAGAGCCAGCCAGACCAACAGAGCCAGCCAGACCAACAGAGCCAGCCAGACAGCCAGCCAGACAGCCAGAGACCGGACAGACCACCAUAA